UGGCAAGCUGUCCAAGGCCGUUGCAAGGCCGCUGACUCGGCCUUCGUCUACGCUGUCAUCACCACCAAAAUCUUCUGCAGACCGACGUGUCCUGCUCGCCUGGCUCGCCGAGCCAACGUGAAAUUCUACGACUCUUCAGUCAAUGCAUUGAAGUCGGGCUUCAGACCGUGCAAACGCUGCAAGCCUGAUCAGUUUCACCUCGUGGGCACCGACAUCACGAAACCUCAGAAAGAAGUGGUGAAGAAAGCUUGCACCUAUAUUCAAGAGAUGAAAGGCGAAACCACGCUUAAGAAGAUCGCUCAGCACGUUGGUAUCUCAGCGAGAUAUCUUCACGGUGUAUUCAAAGAGAUCACAGGGUCGACACCAGCCGUUUAUGCGGCAAGGUUCAAG